AUGGAGGCGGAUGCGGGUUUAGUGCAUGUGACAAACUUCCGCGGUGGUUUGUUGGCUGGUGACGAUGAGGGAGAGCGUCAACCGGAUGAGGCGGUGGAUUUGAAAUUGAUAUUCAAGGAUUUUAUUGAACGGUUUCGCAUUUCCAACGAUCAUUUGUACAUGGCGAUGCUGCGGUCAAAUCUUGCGGGUGGUCUGUUCUUUAUGGAAGUGGAGAUGAUGCACAUACAGCAGUUUAGCAGCACCGUGUUCAACGCCCUUCAUUCUACACCUACACGCACUCUGCCACUGUGCGAGCAUGCACUCUGGGAGCUUGCACAUGAGCGGAAGUUGUUUCCGCCCUUUGCCCGCCAGAGUACCAUACAACUUCAAUUGUACUGGGGCGUGCCGCCUACGCCGCUCCGUCAACUCGCCCAGGCAUCGGUUGCGCGCCUGGUAUGCGUCAGUGGGAUUGUUGUGAAGGCCAGCCCCUGUCACGCUCGUUGCGUGAGGGCAGCAAUUCAGUGCACCAGUUGCUUGAGCAAAACAUACAUAAACGGAGGGCGUAGCAUCGACCUUCCACCGCACUGCUUAGAAAACUUGGGCCGUGCAAAUGGUGCUCUCGGGUUUGGCGCCGCUGCCGGUGGUGUGGGUGGAACACAACGUAAAUGUCGUCCGAAUCCAUACACAUUACUGCCAAUGGAGUGCGAGUACGAGGACCAGCAGAUUAUCAAGCUGCAAGAACUACCGGAGGAUGUACCGACAGGUGAAUUGCCCCGUCAUGUGACGGUAGUAGUGGACCGCUACCUUGUUGACCGUGUCAGUCCAGGCUCUCGUGUUCAGGUCGCCGGUAUUGUUUCCGUGCAGGAAAAACGUGGUAGUCUGGAAGGUGGCAGAAAAAAAGGGAAGGGGAUGCGUGGUGUUGCCGGUCUCCGUGCACAGUACCUUCGUUGUGUGGGUCUCAUGUAUAUCACCGCCAAAGAGGGCGGGAUAUCGGUUCAAAGUGUCAAUCAAAACUUUUCAUCACGGGUACGGUCGCAGUCCGUGAUGUCAUGGCAGGCUGAGGACGAGGCUUCCUUCAAACGUUUUGCGGAUCAAGGGCACGUGUACGAGAAACUGGCGCAGAGUAUCGAUCCUGCCAUCUUUGGUCUUGAGGACCUAAAGAAGUCUAUUGUGUGUCUUCUCUUUGGUGGGACACGGAAGAAGCAGGGAAGUAAUUACUUGCGUGGUGACAUGAACGUGUUGUUUAUUGGCGACCCAUCCACCGCCAAGUCGCAGCUGCUGAAGUUUACCGAAAAAGUUGCCCCCAUUGGCAUUUACACAUCCGGAAAGGGCAGCAGCGCAGCGGGUCUGACAGCAUCUGUCAUUUCCAACGGCAAUGGUGACUUUGUGCUGGAGGCAGGGUCCAUGGUACUUGCCGAUGGCGGGGUUGUGUGCAUUGAUGAGUUUGACAAGAUGCGGGAGCAGGAUCAGGUGGCUAUUCACGAGGCGAUGGAGCAACAGACUAUCUCGAUCGCCAAGGCAAACCUGACAACAAUGCUUAACAGCCGAACAAGUGUGUUGGCUGCGGCAAACCCGACACUCGGCAGUUAUGACCCGUUACUGUCCAACGAGGAUCAGAUGGACUUUCAAAGCUCCAUUCUUUCCCGCUUUGACCUCAUCUUUAAAGUCCUCGAUCCCCGCAACCCGGAGAUUGACAGCCGGCUCGCGCAGCACGUCGUCAACCUGCAUAAGGGCGGGAGUGGACGUUAUGCAAACACAAAGUCGUCGCCUGUGGUCGAGAGGUCUUUUUUCACAAAGUACGUGUCCUAUGCACGUGCCACACGUCACCCACGUAUCUCUGAAGAAGCCAUGUCGGUGCUGCUGGACUUCUACGUUAAUAUUCGCCGAGAGGCACAUCAGCAGAUCCUUGAGGCACUCUCCUCCUCCUCCACCUCUUCAGGAUCCAAGCCACAGACGCCGAUCAUUCAAAUCACUGCCCGUCAGUUGGAAAGUUUGGUGCGCAUCACAGAGUCCAUGGCACGAAUGCGCUUAGAUGUUCUCGCCAACCGCGCAGACGCGGAGGAGGCGAUUCGAUUGUUUAAAGUGGCCACCGUCGACGCGAUCAAAAGUGGCGUGACGGACCAAACAAUGACGGCUGCACAAAGUGAAUUGGUGCUGCGUAUUGAAGAGGCGCUUCGUCGGCGCGUGGCCUUGGGGGCGACGGUGGAGCAAAAUAGACUUUUGGCGGAAAUGUCGCGCAUGGGGUUUGACGCAAAACUUGUGGACCGUGCCCUGUAUGCCAUGGUGAAGCGAGAGGAACUGGAGUGGCGCAAGCAGCGUACUCUUAUUCAUCGGCUACGGUGA